CGCCUGCACCCGCCCGCCUCUCUCGAGCUCGCCCAGCGGCCUCCGCCGGCCAUGAGCACUGCGCUCGUGUACCACGAGGACAUGACGGCCACGCGGCUGCUGUGGGACGACCCAGAGUGCGAGAUUGAGCGUCCUGAGCGCCUGUGCGCUGCACUGAGUGGCCUGCAGCUGGCCGGCCUGGAGGACAGGUGCCUGCGCGUGUCUGCUCGUGAGGCGUCAGAAGAGGAGCUGGGCCUGGUGCACAGUCCUGAGUACGUGGCCCUGGUGCAGGGGACCCAAGGCCUGACUGAAGGAGAGCUCAAGGUGUUGUCUGGGAAGUUUGAUGCUGUCUACUUCCACCCGGAGACCUUCCACUGUGCCCGGCUGGCUGCAGGGGCUGCGCUGCAGCUGGUAGACGCCGUGCUGACAGGGACAGCACGCAAUGGACUGGCCCUGGUGAGGCCUCCUGGGCAUCACAGCCAGAGGGCAGCAGCCAAUGGGUUUUGUGUGUUCAACAACGUGGCCCUGGCAGCCCAGCAUGCCAGGCAGAGGCAUGGGCUGGACAGGAUCCUGAUCGUGGAUUGGGAUAUCCACCAUGGACAGGGCAUUCAGUACACCUUCGAGGAUGACCCUGGCGUCCUGUACUUCUCCUGGCACCGCUAUGAGCACGGACGCUUCUGGCCCUGCCUGCGAGAGUCGGAUGCGGAUGUGGUCGGGCGGGGGUCGGGCAGCGGUUUUACGGUCAACCUGCCCUGGAACCAGGUAGGGAUGGGGAACGCCGACUACGUGGCUGCCUUCUUGCACGUGCUGCUGCCACUGGCCUUUGAGUUUGACCCUGAGCUUGUGGUGGUCUCCGCGGGAUUUGACUCAGCUAUUGGGGACCCUGAGGGGGAGAUGCUGGCCACCCCGGAGUGCUUCGCCCACCUCACACGGCUGCUGCAGGUGCUGGCUGGAGGCCGGGUCUGCGCUGUGUUGGAGGGCGGCUACCACCUGGACUCCCUGGCACAGUCAGUGUGCAUGACAAUGCGGGCGCUGCUAGGCGACCCCAUCCCCCCUCUGUCGGGGCCCAUGGUGCCGUGUCACAGCGCCCUGGAGUCCAUCCAGCGUGUCCGAGCAGCCCAGGCUCCCCACUGGAUGAGCCUGCAGUCCCAAGGUGUGGAUGGGCAGGCCUCAGCUGGGCUACCAUGCUGUGCCUGUGACCCCUACUCACCUCCAGAAGCAAGGCCCUCCACUCUACCACCCAGCAGUCCUGCGUGUGAGCCGGUAGCAGUUGUCCCAAGCCCUCUCCUGGACAAGCUGCAGCCCUGCUCCCCACCCCCCAUCCGAACAGCCGUGGCCCUGACUGUGCCAGAUACUGCCCUGCUCCUGCCCCCAGGAGUGCUCCAUCAGGUGGGGUCAGUGCCGAGAGAAGAGACAGAAGCCUGGGCCAGGCCACGUGAGUCCCUGGCCCAGGACGAGGCCUGCACUGUGCUCGGCAAACUCCUGCACCUCUUGGACGGGAUCCUGGACGGGCAGGUGAGCAAUGGCCUAACACUCAUCCCUGGCCAAGCUGUAGCAGCUGCCCUGGAUGUGGUCAUUCGGCGAGCUCUGUCCCAUGGAAGCCAGAGACUGCUGUGCCUGGCCCUGGGGCAGCUGGAUCGGCCGCUGGAACUCGCUGACGAUGGGAGGACUCUGUGGCUCAGCAUCAAGGACCAGGCAGCGGCUGCCCCAUCCCCGUUCCACAUCUGCGUGCCACUGCCAGGGACAACCGGUGGGUUCCUGAGCUGUCUCCUGGGCCUGGUGCUGCCCCUGGCCUACAGCUGCCGACCUGACCUGGUGCUGCUGGCUCUGGGGCCCGGCCAUGGCCUGCAGGAGCCCCGGGCCGCUCUUCUGGCAGCAGCGUUGCAGGGGCCAGCAGGGGGCCGAGUGUUGGCCCUGGUGGAGGAGGUGAGACCUGCCGUGGGCGGGGAGGCAGGCGGGCAGCGGGCAGGACCCUGUGCACCUCCGCCUCUGGCCCAGGAAUGCUCUCCGCAGCUGGCCACGGCCCUGGCCCUCGCGCUGCACGGCGCCGCGCUGCCCAGCCUGGGCCCGUUCUGCAGGGCCUCUCCGGAGGACAGCCGGGCGCUGACGCACCUGCGAGGGCAGCUGGAGCCCCGGUGGGAGAUGCUGCGGGUGUCCGGCGGGCCGCGGCGGGAGCCGCGCCCGCUCAGUAAAGCUCGCUGA